AUGAAAAUCGGUUGCUUCCCGGUUCGACCAUUACUUUACGCUCUCGCCGUAAUUGGAAUUCUCCGUUCGGGAGUUCAUAUCUUCUGCGGACACAAGACCUUCUGUCAAGCGAUUCUCCCUCUUUGUUACCUUCUUUUCAAUGUCUUCAUAAUCUUCGCUGUGUACAAGCGCGAUGUCAAGUCCCUCAAAUGGGCUCAGAGAUUGACUCUAGCAGUUUCCAUUCUUUCCGUGAUUCCAUUCAUUCUUCUCCCGGUGGUCACUGCCAGCUUCAUUGCUUCUGGAGAAUGGGAGAAAUACGAUAUGAAUGAGACUCAUGUCCAUCCAGAAAAGUACGGAAACCUCACUUCCCCAGACUUCCGUUUCUUCAUCGGAGCUACCGCUGGACUUAUUGUUGAAGCUGGAACAGCUUUUCUGAUUGCAGUUGAGCUCUUCAAGUACUUCCUCAUCACCAAAAUCUGGCGCUCCGAGCACAGCCUUGGCAUGAUGCACACGGCAGGAUUCGAUUCUCCAUAA